AUGGCAGCUACCUUGCAAACUCCGCUCUAUGCAUCUCUCUCCUCUCCUGCAUCCUCAUCUUCCAUCCACACAACAACAUCCCUCUCCUUCCUCCGUCCCACACCGCCUCAAUCUCUCCUCUUCGACUUCAAAAACUCCUUCCCUCGAAUUCGCGCUUCCUCCGCCGAUACUCUUAUCACUGAACUGGACGCUGUUUCCAACUUCAGCGAGAUCGUUCCAGAUACUGUUAUUUUCGAUGAUUUCCAAAAGUUUCCUCCAACUGCUGCUACUGUCAGUUCUUCGCUUAUUUUGGGGAUAUGCGGUCUUCCAGAUACUAUUUUUAGGAAUGCUGUGGAAAUGGCUUUGGCUGAUUCUGAAUGUUACGGGCUUGAAAUUCCUAAUGCAAGACUAUCUUGUUUUGCCACCAAGGCUUUGGUGAACGUUGGUAGUGACAUGGCAAAGCUUGUCCCUGGCCGUGUUUCAACAGAAGUGGAUGCACGUCUUGCUUAUGACACACAAGGCAUUAUCAGGAAGGUGCAUGACCUGUUGAAGUUGUACAAUGACAGUAAUGUCCCUCAUGAACGUCUGCUAUUUAAAAUUCCUUCAACAUGGCAAGGAAUAGAGGCUGCACGAUUGCUUGAAUCCGAGGGCAUACAGACACAUUUGACUUUCGUUUACAGCUUUGCCCAAGCUGCAGCUGCUGCUCAAGCUGGUGCAUCUGUGAUUCAAAUUUUUGUUGGUCGCGUCAGGGACUGGGCACGUACUCAUUCUGACGAUGAAGAGAUAGAAGCUGCCAAGCUGAGGGGAGAGGAUCCCGGAUUGGCAUUGGUCACAAAGGCUUACAAUUAUAUUCACAAAUAUGGACACAAGUCAAAGUUGAUGGCAGCAGCAGUUCGCAACAAGCAGGACUUAUUUAGUCUUCUGGGGGUUGAUUACAUCAUAGCUCCCUUAAAGGUGUUGCAGUCUCUCAAAGAAUCUGUUGCUUCUCCUGAGGAGAAGUAUUCUUUUGUUAGGAGGCUAUCACCUCAGUCUGCUAGCAGAUACACAUUUAGUGACGAAGAGCUUAUUAAAUGGGAUCAAAUGAGCCUUGCAAAUGCCAUGGGACCAGCAGCAGUGCAGCUUCUGACUUCUGGGCUGGAUGGUUAUGCCGAUCAAGCAAAGCGGGUGGAAGAUUUAUUCGGGAAGAUUUGGCCACCACCAAAUGUAUAA